AUGUGCUGUGUGGAAUGCCGAGAGGAGGAAUUGGAAAAGCUUGAUCUCCCAGAUGCGCACACAUACGAGAACUUGCUUAGUGAUGCUAAGGAAAACGACACAAUUGAGUUAUAUGGACGUUUAAUCCUUACGGCGAUGGUUGAGCUAAGAUCAGCUCCAGGAGGAAUGCGGAGGACAACUGCGUUGCAGAGAAAAAUCGAGAAAAUUCUACGUUUACACACAAAAAUAGAUUUGAACACAUCAAGCGGAGAUUUCGAGACGGCUAUAAAGCAAUUUGAAGCCCUCGUGGAACGUCGUCUUCGUGCCAUCAAUGACAUCUCCCCAUCGUGCUACCAGAAAAUUGCCGACAAACUUUGUUCCACACAAAGCGCCGCUCGACGACAGAAAACGAUGUCCGUACGAUUAGCCGCAAUUAGAAAAGGCAUACAAAAAGUAUUCAGACUCUAA